CGGAUUGCCAUUUUUGUGGUCGUAUUCUUAUACACACUGUUUAUGAGCACGCAUUAUUAUUAUUAUUAUAUCAAAUCCUCUCCACUCAACUUUCAGAAAUCUUUCUCUGACACACCGUCGUUUUCUUCUUUCCGAUCCGGCGAUGACGGUGAUCCGUUUAGAGCUACGGUACAGAGUUCAGCUUUCAUGUCCCAUUAAUUAGGAACUCGAAGCUUACACCCACCGAAAACUAUUCUCUUAGAUGAAUCUUCAAGUUCACAGAUACAUCCGUUGGUUUGGAGUCCAUCCAAACAAGGAUGUGACAUCACCCGCCAUGUCAUCCAGCACCCUGGUGGAGGCACCCACAACAAAUAAUGCUACGAUUGACGGAAAAAUCGAGAAUAAUUGGUGGUCUCUUUUCUCAUUUAUUCCUUGGGUUAUGAGUGCUGGAUAUAACAUUCGGUUGCCAAAAACUGUUAACAAAGAGCUGAAAAAACGGUCACAGCCCUGCACUCAAUACUCUGCCAUACGAUUCCGGCCCUAUGUCUCGAAGGUCCCAUGGCACACAGGCCCAAGAGGCUUCCUGUCACAGUUAUUCCCAAGAUAUGGGCACUACUGUGGGCCCAACUGGUCAAGCGGUAAGGACAGUGGGUCCCUCGUGUGGGACAAACGCCCAAUUGAUUGGUUGGAUUUUUGCUGCUAUUGUCAUGAUAUAGGUUAUGACACACACGAUCAAGCUGAGCUUCUCAAGGCUGACAUGGCUUUCUUGGAGUGCCUGGAGAGGCCACAUAUGAGCACGAGAGGAGAUCCUCAGGUUGCUAGUCUCUACAAGUUUAUGUGCAUUUCAGGUCUUAGAAAUAUCUUGAUACCCUACAGACAGAAUCUUGUGAAGUUACGAUCAGGAGAGCCAUUGAUUCCAUUUGCGUGGCUGAACAAUUUGAAAUUGAACGAUUUCUUGCCGAGAGUUAAAAGAUUCAGCGGAAAUGAAAGCGGGUCGGAUUAGUAUUAACGAGGGACUGCCGAGUUCUUAGGUCUGCUUCUGAAGAGAUAGGAGCAGUGUCUUACGGAUGGCCGUGGACCAUGAAUUACAGUUUUGCAUUAAACAAAUGCUUGUUGGUCGUGUACAUUUUAUAUUGUAAGCUGGGGCUAACUAGGGUAUCCUGAAACUCGGACAUAUUCUGAAAGUUGUGUAAAUAGUGUAUAUAGCGAGCCACUGUGUAUUUGCCUACUGCUUUUUUGUUGACAGCCUCCUAAACGACGCGUGCUUUUAACAGUGUAAUUUGAUGUGUUCAUGCUUGUUGGAUUAAUAACAUGUGUUUUUGCAGAGAGCUGGAAAUAAAUGAUGCUUGCUAUAGGAUUUGGAUUUGAG